UUCAACUCAUUACAGAAAUAGAAGUUCCCCAUAUAUAUUCAGAAAAGACUAGCUAGGUCUCUCUGAUCCAAUCAAAAAAUGGCUAGUUGCAAGCAUGCUUUCAUGUUGGCUUUAGUUGUAACACUGUCUUUGUCAAGCAUUAAUAUGAGCUUGGCAGCUCGUCAACUAUUGCAAACACCUGCAGCUCCAUCUCUGCCAACAUUGCCUCCACUGCCCUCAGUUCCAACACUGCCUCAAGCCACAUUGCCACCACUGCCAAGCACGCCAUUGCCAACUCUGCCAACUACCACACUGCCACCAUUGCCGUCACUGCCAAAGUCCACGUUGCCACCAUUGCCAAGCACCCAAAUCCCCUCCUUACCAAAUCCAUCUUUGCCAACGACUCUUCCUCCUUUGCCAGCCACUCCAUUGCCCACCAUCCCUUCAACAAUCCCGUCAAUCCCUACCAUUCCAACUACAAUUCCAACAAUUCCCUUCUUCUCCCCACCUCCAUCAAACUGAACCAGUAGUCCUUGAAACGCCGCGGCCCUAGAGGCCAUUCACUUUCUCCUACUCCUGGCCAUUUUCGGAUGGCUCUUUGUUUUCAUGGCUUCUUGAAGCGUUUCUCUAGCGUGUUAGAGCCUGCUUUGCCUUUAUAUAUGUAUUAAUAGGAACGAGUGGGUUUAUGACAGUACUUGUUAGUAUGUCAUUGUAGAGUUAUUCUUUACUCAUUUCAGUAUUACCUGGAUUGUAAUUGUCAUGUUUGUCUCUAUAAUAUGAUUUCUUAUUUAUUCUAA